GAAUUGAAUAAACAAUUAAAACGACACUAAGUGAGUCCGACUGUCGUGCCGUAUGCAGUUAUCCAACAACUGAAAACUAUCACUCUUUACAUAUACAGACUCACAAUAGCUGAAUCGAGCCCCUAGUUUAACUUCUCUGAGUCUCCAUCUUCAGUUUCUACGGGAUUCGGAAGAUAAUUUCAUUUCUUAAAACCUCUCUAAUGGCGGAGAAUUCGCAAUUCGAUCUUGAUCGUGUGCUUGCUCACAACUUUCCAGAGCAGACAACGUACGCUUACACUGAGAGAGAUGCAGCGAUUUAUGCCUUGGGAGUUGGAGCUUGUGGCCGGGAUGCUGUUGAUGCCGACGAGCUUAAAUAUGUUUAUCAUGAAGACGGUCAACAGCAUAUCAAGGUCUUACCAACAUUUGCUGCACUAUUUUCGCUUGGAUCAUUGGCAACUGGUUUAGAUUUGCCUGGCUUGCCAUACGAUCCACGUCUUUUGCUGCAUGGACAGCAAUAUAUAGAAGUAUACAAGCCAUUUCCUUCAAGUGCAUCUAUACAUAACAAAGUUAGUCUUGCUGGACUACAUGACAAAGGUAAAGCAGCUAUUAUUGAGAUUGAAACGAGAAGUUACGAGAAAGAGUCUGGUGAACUCUUAUGCCUGAACAGGUCAACUGUUUUUCUCCGAGGUGCUGGUGGCUUCUCAAAUUCCACUCCUCCAUAUUCUUAUUCCAGUUAUCCAACCAACCAGGUUCCAGCUGUGAAAAUACCGAAGUGUCGGCCUUUUGCAGUAUAUGAAGAUACUAUUCAGCCAUCUCAGGCGUUGCUGUAUAGGCUAUCAGGCGAUUAUAAUCCUCUGCAUUCAGAUCCUAUGAUUGCUAAAGUUGCAGGAUUCUCGCGUCCAAUAUUGCAUGGGCUAUGCACACUUGGAUUUGCGGUUAGGGCAGUCAUCAAAUGCAUUUGUAGAGGAGAUGUAAGCAUUAUCAAAACCAUAUCAGGUCGAUUCCUUCUACAUGUGUACCCUGGUGAAACUUUGAUCACUGAAAUGUGGCUUGAAGGCUUGAGGGUCAUAUAUCAAGCGAAGAUAAAAGAGAGAAAUCGAGCGGUGCUGUCUGGCUUCGUAGACCUCCAUCACAUAGCAUCAUCAUCUUUGUAAAUUGUUUCCAUAGAUAUAAAUAAAAUGAUGAAUUCUAAAGUGCUGCAGUUAAAGUGAUUUUUCAAUAUUUCUAUGUAUUUAUUGAAUUAAAAUUAUAAAAUCUACAUAAAUUGUUUUUACAUGUGACUUUUAUAUAAAAUUAUAUACUAAAAUAUUUUUAUAUAAAUUUUUCAUAAAAUCUUUUUUAAGUAAAUUAAUUUAAAAUUUUAUAAUUUUUUUUUUCAAAAUAUAUAUAGAAAUAUUGAAAAGUCAUUUUAACUACUUUAUUUUAGAAUUCAUAAAUAAGAGGCGUUUUAUUAAAAUAGAACUGUAAAAUAAUGGUGGCUGUCGGAUAUAUAGUGGCAUAUUAUUCUCUUCAUAGUACUAUGAGAUAAUGGUACUGUUAGUAGGCCUCGUUUUCUACCAUUCCAGAUUUGAAGCUUUCGACUAAUUAAUGUGUUUUCUGAGUA